GCGUCAUACGUGCUCUGCCGAGGUUAGUUAGUGGUGGAAUGUGAACAUGCUGUGCUUUGCGUUGUCUCUUUGGCGUGUUUCCUGCUCUUGAGUCGUAAACAAAAUACAAUGGCAGAGGGAGGGGAACAAGACAACAGAACAGCCUCCCCUGAGAAGAUCACCACCACUGUAAACGCCCGGUCGUUAGAAUGUCCGAUAUGUCUCGACAAGUUACGUCACCCAAAGUCCUUGCCUUGCCUUCACUCUUUUUGCGAGGAAUGUCUAGCAGCCUAUAUCUCCAAGGACACUGAGAAUUCGUCUGUGAACACCUUUCCAUGUCCGAUCUGUAGGGCAGUCACGGUACCACUAGAUCCCACAGCCGCCGUCCAUCUCUGGGCCAAACAGUUCCCAACCAACAGUCUUCUCAUGGAACUCUCAGAUACACACAAGGAGGGACAUUUGUGCCAGCCAUGUAAACAUAAAGGAGAUUCCAAAACACCUGCUGAGUUUUGGUGUGAUAGGAUGAAUUCAUUUUUCUGUUCGAGUUGCAAAACAUGUCACCAUGAUAUCAUUCAUGUGGAAUGCAACAUUAUCCACGUGUCAGAAAUGACAAACCAGACAAAACAUGGUUCCCCAAGAUACCCAAGGUGUAAAAAACACGGGAAGAAGACUGACUUGUUCUGUGAGGACCACUCUUCACUUGCUUGCAGCAAAUGUAUAGCGAUAGAUCACAGGAGAUGUGAUGAAGUUCUUACCGCUGAAGACUUCUGCGAGAAAUUAAACGACGGACCAAAGUUCCAGGAAAUGAAAACGUCUUUGUCAGAAGAAAUUCUAAAAUUACAGACGUUGACAAAACAUAUCAAACACCACAUGGAUAAAUUUUCCACGGAUAGAGACCAAGUGCUCUCUGAUCUGACAGAUCUCCGUCAGAAUAUCAUCGCGAAGUUUGAUCAGUUAAAAGAGGCUUUAGUUAAUGACUUAACCAAGGUCUACAAAGAACAGAAAACCAACAUGGAGAAGCAUACCCAGAGAUGUGAAAGUAUGUCAACGGCUAUGACUGCUACCAGACAGCUGGCGGAUACAGAAUCUUUGUUAACAGAUCCCCCGCAUACUAUCUCCAUUCUCCUAAGAGGUACAGCCGAGGUGAAAUCGUGCGAAUCCUUUGUAAAAGACACAGAGGCAUCUUGCAAACCUGUUCUCAUCAGAUACAAGACUCCGGGUAUUGAAGAUGUAAAAUUCGACUUCGGAAAGAUUAAAUUUGAACAAGUCCCGCUUGGUCCAAGUCAUAAAACAAUGAUGAAACCUUUAUGUGAAAGACAUGCUCAGAAAAUUACAAAUAUAGAAGUUAAAUUUCCGUCCGACAACGCUACAUGCAAUUUUACCGGCAUCUUACUUACUACAGACGGCCGUAUCGUUGUGGCAGAUCAACGGAACCGGAAGAUAAAACUUGUUACUGACAAAGGCGUUCUCCUUGACGAAAGUUCUCUGUCUGAGGAACCAUAUGGUCUGUGCUGGGUAAAUAAUACCACAGUGGCCAUUACAAUGCCCUGGGCUAACAUGAUAUCAUUCUUGGACAUCACAUCUACGAAAUUUUCUUUAAGCAGUCAUCCAGUCGUUAACACCUCGAGGCCGUGUUACGGUAUAUCGUACCAUGACGGUGAAUUCACACUUACUUCUGGGGACAAUAAACCUUUUGAGGUUUACAGUGUCACGGCGUCAGGGCAGGUGGACACGUUAUAUCAUCCGAAGAUGGCGCCACGAUUCAUUGUGUGUGAUCCUAUCAAACGUGAUAUCGUAGUGACCAUGUCCACUGGUUCACCAGGAGAUGUGGCUGUCUGCAGACUUUCAAAGAGUAAGAACGAGACAAUUGCUGUAAGAGGAAUCCUAAAAGCACCCAGAGGUGUGGAUCUGGACAGUGAUGGUAAUGUGUAUGUUUGUGGAAAUGGAUCACGUAAUGUUGUACAGAUGUCUUCUGACGGGUCCGUCGUUAGGGAGUUACUCACUUCAUCAGAUGGUAUAGAGGGCCUACUGUCGAUAUCAGUUUGUGCGGAUAAAUUUGUUCUUACACGCUCGUGUAGUAGCAACUUUAUAACACUAUAUCAGCUUGUCUAGAGUAGAAUAGUACGUACAUGUAUAUUGUAUAUCGGAUAUUGUUCUAUAGUUGAAGUUCUUUAUUAAAUUGGCCACCAGACGCUAA